CACAGAGGAUGCAGGAAAGAGGAGUCUGGGCCAUAGAGGGAGUCAGAUAGUGGGCUUCAUUAUCCACCGCAGCUGCCUGCAGUACAGUGUUCACCAUCAGAUUUGCAUGGUACAGGCAGCGGGAAUCACAUUUUAUCCUUGAUCUUUCCAUUUGUGAAAAUAUAUUUGUGAUGGCAGUGAUGGGAAGAUUGAAUAGUAUCAGCACUCUUAAUAAAUCAGCACAAACAGCACCAGAUCUGGCUUCAAUAAACAUGAGACCGCAUUGGCAAAGGAGCAGUAGUGCAAGUUACGUACACUACUCUUUGACUCGGACCCUGCUACUAUACUGCUUUAUUGCUGUCUGGUUCAUUGCUACUGCAGAGAGCUCUACAAAAGCCCACACUCCAGGAGAAAUUUCUACAGCAGCCACUAUUCUUGAAGAGAGCUCUACAGCCACAAGCCAGAGUGAAACAACACUUCAUACUUCAACACCAGAACUUCCAAUAAGUGAUAAAAGAAAAAAAUGCAGACAAGAUUACGGUGUAUUAUUGAUUAAGAAAUCUAAAGAUUCUCCUUCACCAAAGAAUCAGUCUGAUUUUGUGCCAUAUGUGAAUCCAAAUGCACUCAUCACACUAACUAAUAACCUUGCUCAUCUGAGUGAAGACGUUAUAUGUACAAUAAAGAAAAAAAACAUACAAGAUGUUGCAUAUUUAAUCAUUGACACAUCAGUACAAUCAAUUCAGAUAUCUGCGUGUACACCUUUGUACAAACAAAGUGUGACAAUUUAUGACACAGCAAGCAAAUGGUUUGUGACAUGUUAUGGCAAAGUUGCUGCCAAAUCAUUGUACAGUGUUAACAGUUACAUUAAAGACCCCUAUAUAAUCACUAUCUACUUUAAGAAUGGCAAUCUUAUCUGUACGUUCAUGAAAGCGGGAACUAAUCUAUAUCUUGUGUAUGAGAAAGAACAAAUUACACUGAAGACAAUGCCACUAGAGGAGGUUGACACGUGCAGUGAUACCAGCAUUUUUUAUUUCAAAAUAAGUGAUGAUGGGUCAAUGAACUAUUCCUUUUCUCCAGUGACAGCCCCACAAUUGUUCAUCAGCACUUCAAGAAGAGAUUGUUUUCCUGUUACAGUAAAGAACGAUAGUGAUCAAACCUAUAUUAACGACUUUGGGUUUGCUGCAGACUCCAAUAAUUUCAUGUUUAAUUUUGGUUCUAAUGGCUUGGCUGUUAUAUUCCUCUAGGAUUAGAAACUGCACAACUACAAUGAAACUAUAAGUGAAGCUUGCAAAAUCUUACCUGUGAUAGCAUUAUAACUGUUUGACUUUACUGAUCCUUUCUUCUUGAAGUAACUAGAAUCUAUAUACAAAAUUGUUGAAUUGUUUUGCAAAUGACAAUUUCUGUUUUAGCAUGGUUGUAUGUUGUUGCUUUGUUGACAUAUUUUCUAAAAAAAUAAAUAUUAUGUACUCUC